AUCCACUGAGAUUCAUCAUCCUGUUUUUGGGCCUGUCGCUCUUGCUGGCUUUCCAGUACAUGUUCUCGGACAGCCCAGUCAAGUCUGGCCGACUUGGCAGAACCAAAGGCGGAGAGACAGCAGGACUUUCCAAACUUUGUGGGGCGCAUGGUUCACGGCGCCAUGUUGAGGGAUUAUUCUGAAGAGCAGUUGUGGCAAGUCAUCGGAAGCCCACGUGCGAGGAGGCGUUUGGCCAUCCUCCAAAAGUGUCGCGGCAAGCAAGGCCGGCUAGAUGCGACGUGCUUUGCCAAAGCCGCCUGCAGUGCCGAAUAUGUUGCCCUGGCGAACUGUGUGCGUAGCAGUGGUGCGGAGAGCUGCCAGCAACAAGUGGCGGCCUUGACCGGAUGCGUCCGAGAUGAGUGGAAGGCCUUUCUGAUCUCGUCUUCGCCCAGCCUUCAGCAUGACGCUUUGCAAAGGAUUGAGAAGUUUGUUGAGCCUCCGAGUCCACUCUAGCGCAAAGCAAAAACUGCGUGCUUGUUUGUGAUUUGGAUAAUUUUCUAGACUGCAGUCUGACAAACUGAUACUCACAAUUCCUGCCGGCAAUUAUAUUCAUCCAGCAUUUUGGCUCGGUUUGUGUACGUAGUAAAUGAUAUGCUGAGAGAGAGAUCCCUUCCAGCUGCCCG